AUGGCAGAUAAGCUGUUGGGCGCAGUCGAAGAAGCUGAAGCCACUGCUUUUGUAGAAGACCUCUUGAGAGGUUUGCUGCUGCGCGCUGCAGCAAUUCGCCCUCGCCCUGACACCCGCUGCAGCCUUUGCUCCCUCCCGCUGCCGGAGCAGCAGCUGCAGCUGCUGCAGCAACAGGAGGAGGCCCAGCAGCAGCAGCAGCAGCAGCAGGGCCUGGAGCAGCGGGAGCAGCAGCAGGAAGGCACGGGUGAAGAGCCGCAGCAGCAGCAGACACUCCUCCCUCUAAAAAGCAAUGAGAGGCUUUGGCUUGACUUGGCACCGGCGGCGGCUUCCUUCCUCAGCACUAGCAGCAGCAGCAGAAGCAGCAGCCCCAGCAGCAGCAGCAGCAGCAGCAGCGAAGAGGACGCUGCUACGCUGCGGCUGCUGCUGCUGCGCCUCUCGUUCUCUAGAAUGCUUCAAGAGGGAAGGACAGAACACUUCAGGCCCUGGUACCGCCGCAUGCUUGCUGCAGCAAAAGCUGACGCCCUGCGGCAGCUGCAGCAGCAGCAGCAGGAGCAAAGACGCAAGCAGCUGCUGCUGCGGCGGCUCAGGGAGGAGAAGGAGCAGCAGCGCAGGAAGAGGCAGCUGCUGCUGCACCCGCCAGACCCGCCGCCCCACAGACACAGCCAUCAGCACAGGCAGCAGCAGCUGCUGCUUCGACAGCAGCAGCAGCAGCAACGCAGAUUCAAGGGAAGGCCUCGACACUCGUUAGAGGAAGCCCCUAGUCCUGCUGCUGCUGAAGACUCUUUUGCUUCUCAAGCUUCCGUUGCACUUAGUGUCUGGCAACCUGGUACUCCCGCGCUGCGGCUCCCGCUGUCUGCAGCCUCAGGCUCCGAACCGUCUUCCUCGAGAAGAGCCUCAGCAGCAGCAAUAGCAGCAGCAGCAGCAGCAGAAGCACAAGAGGUCCAGUGGAGCGUAGGUGAGCUGCAGCCGGCAGCAGCAGCAGCAGCAACAACAGCAACAACAGCAGCAGCAACGUCAUGCGCAGUCGACAACGGAAACUCUACAGAAGCGGCCUCGCAGCUGGCCUCUCCAGAAGCAGCUGCUUCUGCUGCUGCUGCUGCUGCAGCUGGUGCACGGCGCAGCAGCAGCAGCAGCAGCAGCAGCAAGAACGGCAGCACUGGCAGCAGCAGCAAGAAAAACAACCGGAGCACUGUCGAUAGCAACGGCAACAGCAGCGACAACAGGACCAGCAGCAGCAGCACCAACAACUGCAAUACUGUCAGCAGCAGCAGCAAAGGCCUGCUUUCCUGCUGCGCACCCAGCAGCAGCAGCAGCAACCCCCGGGCUGCAGCAAAAGGCCUCCCCCCACUCCGCGGGGGCAAUGCUUCGCUGCUCUGCCGGCAGCUGCUGCUGCAGCCGCUGCAGCGGCCUCUGGGGGGCCCCAGUGGGCCCUGCAGGACAACUGAGGCCACUGUGCAGCACAUGCAGAGGUGGGUUGGCGAGCAGCAGCAGCAGCAGCGGCAGCAGCAGCAGCAGCAGCUGCACAAGACCCGGAGCACGGGUGGGGUGGCGACGCACGGCCGUCAAGGUAUGCCCAAAGAGCAGCAUCAGCAGCAAGAGCAGCAGCCCCAGCAUGAGCAUCAGCAGCAGCAAGAGCAGCUGCAGCAGCAACAGCAAGAGCUGCAGCAGCAAGAAGAGGAAGGAGCAGCAAGCUUGUCGCGGAGCUCUGAAGCUGCCUCAGCUGCUUCUGCAGCAGUGCAGCCAAGCUGCGAAGACCCAGCAACCGCAGCAGCAGCAGAAGGCGCUGAAGGCGCGCUGCGCGCGACAGGAGCCGCAGCAGCAGCAGCAGCAGCAGCAGCGGCAGCAGAGGAAGGAACAGCAACAGCAGCAACUUUGCUGCAGCGCAUGCAAGCAGCAAUUAAAGAAAACUGGAAGGGGGGGGAAGGCCCUUUCUCAAUUUGCCUCACCACACCUUUGGCUCAAAGCACCCCCAAAAUUCAGCCGCUGCUGCCGGAGCAGCUGCUGCUGCUGCAGCACGCACAGCCGGGCUGCAACACUGUUGCAGUAAGAUAUACCCUGGCUGCUGCAGCCAGCAGCAGCAGCAGCAGCAGCAGCCGCACUAGAAGCAGCUGCCUAUCAUGCUCUGUCUCGAGCGGAUGUGGCAGCAAAUUUCCAUGUGAUCAAUUGCUGCUGCUGCUGCUGCUGUUGCUGCUGCCCUUGCUGCAGACACUCGAGGAGCAGCACCGAAUCAAAGCCGCCCAGGCAGCGCAGCUGGAGCGCCAGCGGGCCAUUCAGGUCUUCCACGAGCGCCGGCUUGAAGAGCAAAUAGAAAUGGUGAAAGUGCUGCUGCAGCGGGAGCGGCAAAACUGCAGCGAGCUGCUGCUGAAGGAGAAAAGAAGAGAACAAAGGGGCCAGCUGCUGCGCCAGCAGCUGGCUGACUACCAUCGCCAGAAGCAGCAGAAGCAGCCCCACAGAAGCAGCAGCAACAGCAACGCCAACAGCGGCGCAGGCAGCAGCAGCAACAGCAGAAGCAACAUUGCUAAUGGCGGCGGCAGCAGCAGCAAGACCAGCACCAACAGCAGCAGCAAGCGCAGCAACAACAGCAGCAGCAAGACACCCUCUUGA